AUGAUUGAAUACGAAAUCCAUCCCGACACCGAAACAUAUUCCCUUAUUCUCCAACUAUUCGCUAAAGGUGGAUAUUAUGACGAGGCUUGGGCGCUACUGGGCGACAUGGAAGCUGUAGGGAUCAACCCAGAUAAGAGUUGUCUCGAUUCGAUGCUCAGUUGCGCUGAAAACGUACCUGAAGGGAUCCAUCCCGUCUUACAAACCAUGCAUUCGUUAGGGAUCACCCUUGACGCUGUUUCUUACCAUCACAUAAUUUCUCAUCAUGCUAACUUCCUCAAUAUCCCUAUGUGCCUGCGAGUCUUGGAGGAGAUGCAGAAUCAAGGCAUCGUACCGAAGAUUGAAACCGCGGACAUCAUUGUCUCCGCUGCAUCGAAAGCGAAGAUGCCGAAGCUUGCGUUAGAUGUUGCUCUUUUGUUUGAGAAGCAAUCUACAAGGAAGUUGGAAGGGCGGACAUGGAUGAAAGUCCUGAUUGCUUCUGCCGAUAUGUUCUACAUCGAAGGAGUUCAGAUUGCUUGGGAACGCGCAGUGGUCGAAGGGCGUUUCCUCCCAGAUGAGGGCACGAUGAAUAAUGUCCUCAACACUGCUGCUCGACAUGGUCUCCCCCAAUUAGCGAGAGACGUCAUUACACACCUUCAAGGCAUCGAGGUACCCGUGCAGGAGCACCACGUCGCCGCAAUGGUUGAUUCAUUGGUCGCCGCAGGCGAAAUCAAACACGCCUUCGAAGCUGUUCAUAAGUACGACCCUGACACUCUCGUCUCAACAUCAAGAACGAUGCAUUCCCUUUUCCGUGCAGUAAGUAAAGAUGUCGAGUCUGUGGAUCGAGCAUAUGGAUACCUCGAGGAAAUGGCAAACGACCCCGAAAGUAAGGUCAAUGUGCUAGGACUGAAUGUGGUGAUCGCCGCUGCCGUAGCUCUCGAAGACAUGCAGCGCGCAAUGGGGAUUUACAAGGCUGCUUCCGACUUUUCCGUCAAGCCUAAUGUUGACACCAUCAACACACUUCUAUCAGGUUGCAUUCUGCUAUCGCAUCGAAGCCUCGGUGACCGCAUUAUGACAGAGGCAAGGGACGAUAACAUCAAACCAGAUACAGGAACGUACGAGCGCUAUAUCAUUCUGUGCCUCACACAACCCACAUAUGAAGACGCGUUCUUCUAUUUAGAGGAGAUGAAAGGGGCUGGGUUCAAACCUACAGCCAAAGUCUACGAUUCUAUCAUCCGACGUACCCUAAGAGCGCACGACUCAAGAUGGAAGUUGGCAAUGGCAGAAUUACUGGAGGCCAAAUAUCGGUUGUCACCCGAUCUGAAGGCAUUGAUAGACAAGCAUGAAUUGACCGAGACAUAA